AUGGCGGAGAAGAAAGAAGAGGAGACUCGUUUAUUACAAGGGUCGUCGUCGCCAAAUGAAGCGAUUUUCUUCGUAUUGGCUUAUCUUCCUCUGUUUGAACUUCUGAGAGUGAGUCGUGUCUGCAAAUCUCUGAGAGAUGCAGUAAACGACGACGUACUCUUGUGGAUGAAAAUCGUCGUCGCCGGCGCCUUACUUCAUAUCCCAGGGUGCACAAACCUAUCACCAGCAGGAAUAAUUGAAUCAGUGAAGCUUUUAACCAACACCAACAACAGCAACCACAGAUUACAAAGCCUCCGAAUCAACGGCAUACACAGCAUCAAGAAAGACGAUCUCGAGACACUCGAAAAUCUCAUGAUGAUCAACCGUACGAAAAAGGAGAGAAACAAGAUCUUCUAUCACGAAAACGAUGCGGCGAUCGACCGUAACUCGAUCGACGUCGAAGUAUGUCCAAAGUGCGAACAAAUGGGGAUCGUGUUCGACUGCCCUCGGGGCUGCGAGUACGGAUGCAGGGGGUGCGAGAUGUGUACGAGGAGGUGCGCCGAGUGCGGGAUUUGCAUAAGGGGCGAUCACGACGGAGAGCUCGAAGAGGCUUCUUGCGCGUACGCUUUGUGCCUCAAGUGCUGGCUGACCAUUCCGAAGUGCUGUUUUUGCAGUAGGGCGUACUGCGACGAGCAUGCUUGUCGGCAGCUGCACCGAGUUUCGGACUCUAGUGCGGGAUUCGUUUGUGGUGGUUGUCGUUCGCGAAAUCCAUUUGAAAAUCCGUAUAUGUACUUCUGA